AUGGUUGCAGCUGAGACAAAGAAAAAAAAAGAAGUUGUGGACGGAGUUGACGUAAACAUAAUUAAAUUAUUGUUCGAUAAAUUAAAUUGUGUAAGUUACGAAAUAGUUCAAAUUGAAACAGUAGUUGGUGUAGAAGACGAAAAUGGAUCAUGGAAUGGAGUUUAUGGAAGACUGCAACGAGAAGAAGCGGAUUUUAGUGUGACUUCAUUAUAUAUUACGCACGAGCGUUAUAAGGUUGUGGAUUUCUGUGUUACUGUUGCCACUGACGAAGCCAUUUUUAUUGUUUCUUCUCCGAAACAAGUUUCUAAAUUAGGAACUAUAUUUAGACCCUUUACAAUUACGGUUUGGAUAGCACUUUUUACUGCUAUAAUUAUAACAGGAAUAGCUCUGUAUUUAAUUCAUUCAAAAAAAUGGAUACGAAACCAGAAGGAUAAACAAUCAUGGCCUAUCAACGAAAUAUUUUGGUUUCUCUUCUCCACUUUGAUAUCUCAAGGUGGUAAAAUAGGUCACAUCAGAAACAGCACAACUAGAAUCACAAUUGGUGCCUGGUUAUUAAUAACAGUAGUCCUCAUAUCGGGUUAUUGUGGAGUUCUCUUCUCCAUUAUGACUUAUCCUGUAUACGAAUCGAUACCUACAACUAUUGAAGAACUUGCAGAUUCUGUGAUGAAAGGAGAAUAUUCUUGUGGAACAACAGAAGAUUCGGCCAUGGAAACUUAUAUCUUGGAAACGAAUGAGAAAAAUGUCAAAGUUCUUGGUGACCAUUUAAGAAAAUAUCCUGAAAAUUUAUUUUCUGAUUUGGACGAUGCUUUUCAACGUGUACUAGACACGAAAUAUGCUUUUUUCCAUUCUAAAAGUGUAGUAGAAUCAAUGGCUAGAAUUAAAGGAGAAGAAAAAUUUGCAUAUUCAAAAGACAUUUUAUUGAAUUACAUGGUGUCAUAUCCAAGAAAAAAGAUGUUUGAAUUUAAAAAUGAAGUAGACGAAAUGUAA